AUGCAACAACGAAACACGGGUCGAUUUGGUGUCAAAACUUCACAAACUUUGAAAUACAAUUCCAAUCUUGGAGAUGCGAAAAGUGUGACUCCAGUCUAUUUCCGAUGGGUGGAUGUAGAUAAAGAUGACGAGGAGAGUUCAUCUCGUAAAUAUGAUCAUGCUAUUCCACAAUCGAUCAAUAAACAACGAAGAUGGGAAACAUUUGACGAGGAAAUCAAAAUGGAAGAAAAACAAGAAGAUCAACGAUCUAACACUAAAGAAAAAGAGGAACGAAUGGAGAAAAAUCAGGAAUUGAAAAAACAGGAAAAUAAAAAGAAGAACCAGAAGAGCAAGCAUGUGAAACGAUUGGAACAAAAAGAAAUGGCAAAAUUGAAAAAGAAGCUCGGAAUUGAUGAUGAAAUGGAAGAGGAAAAAGCCCAAGCGUUGAUCAAAGAGGCACUUGAAAAACAAGCUACUAGUGCAACUCAAAAUGACAACGGAGAGGAACAAGAUGAAGAGGAACAGAAAGAAAAGAUUGUUAUCAAUAGAGAACCUCCAAAAUACUUAUCCUGGAAAAGCUUGGCCCCAGAAAAGAAUGUUGUGUCCGCCUAUAUUCCCAAAGACCGUGAUCAGCUCUAUAAAGUCAACCAAUUAAGAGGCAGAAAUAAGGACUAUGAUCAAAGUAAUGUCAAGUCCAGAACGGAGAAGAAGUCUGAUUUCCAAAAGAGCAUAUUUUUGUAA